GUGCCGCUACGGAAGUUGGCGCGGCCGCUUCACCAUGGCGACGGCCGCCUCGCGGCGCUUCUGUCGCUGCGCCUGCUUCUGCUCUCAGAACCUGUACGUGGCGCGCUACGGGCUGCACCUGCGUUUCCGGGACGAGCAGCAGCUACGUCGUGACUACGGUCCGCUCCUGCGCAGCCGCGGCUGCGUCACUCCCAAGGACUUCCAGCAACUCUUGGAGGAGCUUGAGCAGGAGGUGAGACGUCGCCGCAGGCUGGGGCAGGAAUCAGCUGCCAGAAAAGCCCUCAUUGCCAGCUCCUACCGCCCAGCGAGGCCUGACAUCUACAGCUUACUGCAGCUGUCCCGUGUUCUGCCCCAGGAUGAGGCUCUGGCCCCUGAGUUUGUGGCUGCAGCUGAAUAUAGUGCAUCUCCGGGUGCAAGCUUUGAGGGCCUUCUCCAGUGGCUGGAGAUAGUGUCAGAGCAGAAGCGCAUCUACCGGGUGCCGGUGUUCUCGGUGGGGUUCUGCCAGGCCCUGCUGGAGGAACUGGAGCAUUUUGAGCAGUCGGACAUGCCCAAGGGAAGGCCCAACACCAUGAACAACUAUGGGGUACUGAUACACGAGCUAGGUCUAGACGAGCCACUGGUGACACCGCUUCGGGAGCGCUUCCUGCAGCCACUGCUGGCCCUGCUGUACCCAGAGUGUGGCGGGGGCCAGCUUGAUAGCCACCGUGCCUUUGUGGUCAAGUACGCACUGGGCCAGGACCUAGAGCUGGGCUGCCACUACGAUAAUGCUGAGCUCACCCUCAAUGUGGCUCUGGGCAAGGUCUUCACAGGAGGUGCCCUAUACUUUGGGGGCCUCUUCCAGGCACCUGCAGCCCUGAUGGAGCCCCUGGAAGUGGAUCAUGUGGUGGGCCAGGGUAUCCUGCACCGUGGUGGCCAAUUGCACGGGGCUCGGCCCCUGGGUACUGGAGAACGCUGGAACCUUGUCAUCUGGCUCCGGGCGUCUGCUGUCCGAAACCACCUCUGUCCCAUGUGCUGCCAGAAGCCAGACCUGGUGGAUGAUGAGGGCUUUGGUGACGGCUUCACCCGGGAGGAGCCUGCCACAGUAGAUGUAUGUGUACUGACUUGAGUCUGGUUCCCCCAGAGGUGUUGGUGCCAUGGCAGUAGAAAACUGCCAUCUUGGGCAGGGAGGGUAGGAAUAAACUCUGCAGCCAUGAUACUCCUUGGAUCAAAGGGACAUGCUGACUUCUGGGUCACUCUUUGGACAGAUGAGCUGUUGUAGGGCAGAGCUCCUGAAAGACAAGCCUAGAUUGAGAUGAAGUAUUGAGGGUUGAGGGUGGAGCAGGCCCAGCAAGGGAAGGAGCCCCAAAAGGAUGUGUUUUCCAGUGAUGUCCAGCCUCAGCCUGACCCCUGGGGAGCUCUGACAAGGGGUGGGGGGACCCAGUCAGUGUCUCCCAGGGAUUUAAGUGGAUUCAUUGGUCUAUCCAUGGUGCUGGGGAGUCGGUAUCCAGACUUUCUGGGUACCUGUAUUCAAGCCUCUGUUCUGGCACAUCCAGCUGUGAGGUUCUGGACUUGCUUGCACACUGGGUGUAGUGACACUCCAAAGAGUUGACAUUUGUAAAGCACUUUAUUUAUUUUUGAUGUUUCGAGACAGGGUUUUCUCUGUGGCUGUCCUGGAACUAGCUCUUGUAGACCAGGCUGGUCUCGAACUCACAGAGAUCCACCUGAGUGCUGGGACUAAAGGCAUGGGCCACCACUGGCUAUAAAGCACUUUAAUAAUA